AUGGAUGCCACGCCCCUCAAAGAGGCGCUCGACUUGAUCGCAAUGGAGACCAGCGGCAGCAGGCGUGUCACUAAGAAGGCCCUUCUCGAAUCUAUCGGCUACGGGGUCAUGGACCCUUUGGCAUACCAAACGUUCGAGAACUCUCCGUUGCCGCCAAAGCUGAGACCGACCACCCACGUCAGAAUCGCCGACGGCAUACACACCUUCGGGCAAGAGUUCCUGGGAGUUCCGCCGGAAGAGGGCGUGUCUUCGUAUGCCGAGUACGCCGUGGUGGGUCCGCCAACCUCCGAAACUGCCGCUCACAGCAGCGGCGACGACGGUAACGCCCAUGCUGCUGUGGGAGGGUCGCAGAUGUUUAAGCUCCAGCCUAAGCUUCCCGGCCUCGGCAUGAGGAUGACGAUGCUGCGGCUAAGAAGUGGCGAGCUCCUCGCUCACUCUCCGGUGGCACCCACUGUCGAGCUCUUGGACAUGCUGAGGGAUUGUUUCCCAGCCGUCGGACCGACAACCAAGGUGCACCUCUUCAGUGCAUCGGUGUCCCCUGAGCACUGGGCGUUCCUGAAGCACUGGAAGGCCAUUUUUCCUGCGGCAGAGGUGUGGGCUGUUCCCGGACCCCACCGGCGCCUCAUGGGCGUGGAGGCGAGUAUGGGAUUGUGUGGCGUGUCGGCUCGAAGCAUGAAAAAGACCACGGCUGUAGCCACUAGGAAGCUCUUGUUUCCCUUCUACUACAAUGUCUCCCAGCACCUAAUUCAUCCCGCUCGCGUUGUCGGCGCCCUUUUCUGCGAAGCACAGGUGGACCACGAUAUCGAGCAGAUUUGCGGGGUGCCAGAGCGGCUGGGCGGAGAAGUGGAGGUUGCCGUUUUGGAGGGCGUUCCCAUGGUCAGGGAGGCGUUGCUGCUGCACCGGCCGACGGGGACCGUGUUGUCGGCUGACCUCUUGCUGGCCAUGGAUCAGAGCGCUAUCGCCGUGAGUUCGGGUGCAACCACAGCAGUACCCUCGUUCGCGAAAAUUUUGGGUCUUCGCGCUUAG